GGGAAGGAAUGAGAGCAAGACUACUGAUAUAAAGAUAAGAGCAACGUCACUGGGAUUUUGGUUAUCAGUUAUUAGUUAUCAGUGAGGCGAGAUAUUACACCGUUAGGGAGGAAGAGGAAGAAGAGGAGGCAACCACAACAGCAGCAGCUCCUCCCUUUGUGACACGCCUCCUUCACCUCCUCCUCCCUCAGUGCCUUCUUCAGUGCUGUUAUGGGUGCUGUGGGGUCUAAGGAAGCAAUGUAGUGGCCCUGGAGGAAGCUGUGUGCUGUGGGUGCUGUGAUAACGAAGAACUGGUGCUGUUGAAGAAGACGCAGACAUGGCGUCCAGCGCACACUCCGUCAACUUUGAAGGAAUUCCCCUGAACUCUCUUAAUGGAGUACAAGGAAGUUCCAGUGAGGAGGACUUUGCACACUCCGUCAACCUCCGCCGCGCCCAGACAGACGUGCACCUGAGGGAGAGGAGACGGCAGGACUCGGACAAAUACCACUCCUAUGGUGGCCGGGAACGCAGAGUGCAGUACACCCUGCCCUCGCGCUGUGGAGGUGAGCUUCUGAGCAGCCAUGUGUUCCACCACGGGAGGGAAUGUCGGCCGUCCGCCUGGUACAACACUGUCAUGGCGCGGCGCAGGCGUGGGGAGGGGCCCAACACCGAGGAGGAGGCAGUGGAUGAGAUUGCUGAGGCCAUGGAGGGUGACGAGAGGCUCAUGUCUGAUAAUGUGGACGGGGAAAUCAUGAGAAGAGAGGCACUGAGGGACCUGAUCAAGCCCCUCUGGAUAAAGAAAGAGAUCAGGAGACGACUGACAGCACGGCGGACGUCCCGAGGCCACAUGCAGCCCAUCUCCAGCUUCCAGAGUUACAAGUACACCGUCAGCAUGCAGUGGUACAAGGUGAAGCAGUCAAUCCAAGACACCUUCCAUGACUACAGUCUGUGGCACAAGGAGCUCAAGAAGAUUGAGGGCACCUUUGGCACAGGCGUGGGCUCGUACUUCAGGUUCCUUCGCUACCUCUUCCUUCUUAACCUGGCCAUCGCCAUCCUUGUCUGUGGGUUUCUGUUAACUCCCCAACUGUUGGCUCGGACACACUCGCCACAGGAGUCCUCACCAGGCUUGGGGGCGACCACAAGCCCACUUACAACAACACCAAACGUGCCAACACCAGCUGCCUUGAGGGUAAGUGACUGGCCGCCCUCCACCAACCUCUACGCAGCCACGUGGGAACCUGUUCUGCGAGACAGCUCGGCCAGCAGCUGCAACCAGAGUCAGCUGAUCAGCAAGGACUUUGGGGGCCUCGACUGGCUGACAGGAGCCGGCUGGUUUGACACCACGGAGCUGUACUAUGGCACGUACUCCUGCAGCAGCAUCUCGGUGAAUGGGCACAGCUACUACAGCAUGCCCAAGGCCUACUUCCUGGUCAUCUUUGUGCUCUUCAUAGUCUACCUCGUGGUCAUCCUUCGCAGGGUCAUUGUGCUGUACAAGAACAACGACAUAGACAUAGAGCACGACAUGUCUGCCAGCUUUGUGCGGAAGGUGUUCUCCUCCUGGGACUUCAGCAUCACCGAGAAGAAGGCGGCGAACAUCAAGCACAAGAGUAUCUUCAAUGAACUCAAGGAGAUCCUUCAAGAGUACCUGAGUGAGGAGCAGGAGGAGGAGUGGCGAGGGAGGCUGCUGGGGUGGCUGGUGAAGGUGGUCUUCUGGACGCUGGUGCUGGGUUUGCUGGCUCUCCUGGGAUGGGCCACCUACGCCAUGCUGGACCUGGACUUUCUACGUGAUAAUGAUUCCUCCCUGGGUCUGCUGCUGUACCCGCUGAUUGUGACGUGUGUCAUCCUGAUCAUUCCGUUGGUGUUCACACAAGUGGUGAACCUUGAGGGGUACAAGACACCUCGCACCAGACUCUACGUCACCAUUGUCAGAACCAUCUUGCUGGAGUUGACAGUGCUUGGGGUGCUUGUUGGAACAUGGUAUGUGCAGGCCACAGCAGUCUUUGAAACUGAGGAAGACCAGCCUGUCUCCACUGAAACAUCAUCUUCAGAAUCGGACAGUGAGGAAGAGAAGGAGGUUAAGCAGGAGCGUGAUGAGUGUUGGGAGACGUUGCUGGGGCAGGAGUUUUACCGUCUCCUGAUCAUGGACUUCCUCAUCGGCCUGGUGAUGCACCUCGGGACCUUCAUCCUCUCCCUCAUCAGCGAGAGGACCGCCAUGGAGUUCAACAUUGGCCGCUACGCCGUCCACCUCAUCUACAACCAGACGCUGCUGUGGAGCGGCCUCUUCUUCUGCCCGCUGACCCCCGUCAUUGUCGUCAUCAAGAUCCUCAUCAUGUUCUACAUACAGAAGUUCAUUCUGCUGCGCUGCAUGAACCCAGACAACAACCCGUGGCGUGCCGCGCAGGCAGAGACGGUGUACCUGGUCCUCACGCUGGUCUCCCUCAUCCUCUCCUUCUUUGGCUACCUCUUCGUCCUGCUCAAGGGCAAGACGUCCUUGGGCUGUGGUCCAUUCCAAGGCUACAAGAACUACGUGGACUACUUCUGGGAGGUGAUAGACAGCGACGAGGAGACGAUUCUGAUGAUCGUGUCGUGGCUCUUCCGGCCGGGCGUUGUGGCCGGCAUCCUCAUUGUGCUGAUCAUCCUGGUGUACUGCGCCAAGUCCAUGGCCGAGGGCCGGGCUGAGAUGAUCAAGAUCCUGCGCCACCAGCUGGAGCUUGAGCUGCGUGACCGAGCUUUCCUCCUGCAGCUGACUGAGAAAGUGCGGCGAGGUGACUACAGGCCGGGCAGACAAGACUCUCACAACGCCGCCUCACCCCGGCCACAGACGCCAAAGGAGCCUCACGGCCUCACCCAGAGAGCCUCCUCCUUUGUGUUCUCUGACAACAAAGUUCAUCCAGCAGACAGUGGCCCAACUAUACACCACUUCAAUGAUUAUGAAGAGAGCCAAAGCAUUGGGCCAUACUCACCUUGACCCUGAAGGUGCUCAAGGAAACACACCAGGGGAGUCUGUUGAGUCGUUAAUCUAGCACAUGUGUAGUUGCAUAUGUGUGUGUGUGUGUGUGUGUGUGUGUGUACUCAAACACAUCUCACCAGCCAGGCAGUUGUGUCAUCUGGAUCGACAAGAUGAAGAGGCUGUGUCUUUUGAUGCCUUACCGGAGCUGCCUGAUGGCUGGGGCGUUGCAGGUCUGCUUGGUGGUGUGGCUGUAGAGGGGGAUGGUUAUAAUGUGUUGUAAUUGACAGUUGCAGCAUGUAGGAAUCCUAUGGUGCUAUCCUGGGCGGCGGUAGGGACCAGACUUACUGACUGUGGUAGUUCCUGUGUAAAGACCAAUCACUAAAGGGACAAACAUUUUACCUCCUGCUCCUAGUAGCUCUUGUCACUUGUCUACCAAAUGGUUGAUCUUGCUGCAUCCAUGGAAGAAAGUCUUCAACCAUUCAUUCAGUCAACCAAUCAACCAUGGAGAAGUUGAAUUGUGAUACACAUUUUCAGUAUUAUUUACUGAUGAGAACAGGUCCCGACUUAAUUUGUAUGUUGCAUAACUAUUUUAGCCACAUACUGAAGAAAAGUUCCUUGAAGGACUUCAAGAAUUAGCCUGAAAAUAAAUUAUAUCAUUGGCAUUAUGGUACUGAAAGCAACACAACACUUGUGAUAUUACUUAUUAUCAAGUCAUUAUUUUUUUGUUGUUCACAAAAUCUACAUGUUACAAUUUUGACUUUUAUCCAUGUGAUUCAAGGAUCUUACAAUUACAACCCCCAUUAUACAUUAUAAGUAUAGUUCAGUUUAUUAUACCAAAUAUUACUCUUUUUCUACUUAUUAAGAGUUUGUAGAGGCCACUAACUUGAUUUUUUAGACACUAACAGCAUGAAAGCAGUGUGUAUGUACACAUUCAUGUUUGAAUGUUGCCGCGAGGGGCGGCAGCGUCACCGUUACCAGUAUUCCUUCCCGGGAGCACAGGUGUAGCGGUAGGCCUUGGCUGUGCACGGGUGGCAGGUGCAUUUGUUAUCUAGUCUUUUUCACUUUUACACUUUUAUGCUCAAAAUGUGAAUGUUCAAUUUUUAUAAGAGAAGAUUUAAUGGACAGGUAAUUAAAUGAUUUAUGCAAUGUUAAUAAUUCUUAUCUGUGAAUUAUAGUUUACACCUCACAGUGCUUUACAAGGUGCAAGUGUUUUGUUACAGCUCACACACACAGUUGAAUCAAAGCAACGGGUUACAGGGAUCACUUUCAAAGCUACACUUUCCACUUGUUAACAUCACUCAGUAUUCACUUACGAUCUGCCGUGUUAGUUUUUAAUUGUUCAGUGUAAAAAAGUGUUCAGUAAGUUGUUGGAGUCUUUAUUCGUAUGUUCAAGUUUGGUAAUUAUUAUUAUAUAUAUUCACUUGGUCGUUACAUCGCAUUAGUUUCCUCUGGAUGGCAGUGGAUGCCGAGGCGUGGAGGCCUGAGGGAGAUCUACGUGCAAGACUUGAAAGACUGCAUUCAGUAUUUUAGUUGAUCUCGUUCAUGAUUUAUUUAUAGCUUUAUUUACUAUUACAUUAUCAACUAUUAUAUUACAACAUAUUUAUCUUGUAUUUUAUAAGAGAAAUAUAUAAACUGAAGUAA